AUGCCAGGCGGAGGAAUUUCUCACCUUCCUGCUCGUGAAGCAACUCCCCCCUCGAUACAGUAUACCAUCGGGGACUUCUGCAUCGAUGAGUACAGGCCGGUGAAGGUCAUCGUUAUUGGGGCUGGCUUCAGUGGCAUAACCGCGGGUAUCAGAUUCCCUCAGAAGAUACCCAAUGUUGACAUUGUGAUAUACGAGAAGAACGCUGCCAUCGGCGGUACAUGGUAUAACAACAAUUACCCAGGUCUCGCAUGCGACGUCGCAGCACAUUGCUAUCAGCUGUCGUUCGAAGAGAAGAAAGACUGGUCUGCGUUCUACGCUUCCGGUCCGGAGAUCCGCGAGCACCUCCAGGAGGUCGUCGACAAGUACAAGCUCAUGCGCUACAUCCGUCUCCAACACGAGGUCGUGCACGCGCAGUACGACGCAGCGGCGGGGAAGUGGCAUGUGCGUGUGCGUCGUCCGAACGCCGAAACGGGCGACAUGGAAGAAGUCGAGGACAGUGGAGACGUCCUCGUGACCGCUAUUGGAGCUCUCAGCCGGUGGAAGUGGCCGAACAUCGACGGUUUGAAGGAUUUCGGGGGCGAGUUACAUCACAGCGCAGGAUUCGACCCGGUGCCCAAGACGUGGGAGGAACUCGCCGAGACGUGGGCGGACAAGAAGGUUGGCGUGAUUGGUGUGGGGUCGAGCGCCAUACAAAUCGUAGCGGCUCUUCAGCCGAAGGUGAAGAAGUUGGUGAAUUACGUCCGGGGAAAGACGUGGCUUGCAUUGCCCUUUUGCGGUGACACGGUCACAACUCUCCUCGGCCGCGAGCCAGGAGACUUCGGAAACUACCAUUUCACCCCAGAAGAGAUUGAGCGCUUCAAGAACGACCCGGAGUUCUUUUGGAACUUCAGGUACUCGCUCGAACAGGAAUUCAAUAGCGCCCACUCAUGGACGCUGCGCGGCUCUGACUUGGGCAAGCAGUCCAAAGAAGUCUUCACCCAAAUUAUGGAGAAGAAACUGGCCAAGAAGCCCUGGAUCGCGGAAUACCUAAUUCCCGACUUCCCUCUGGCAUGCCGGAGGGUGACCCCGGGGCCGGGAUACCUUGAAGCCCUAUGCGAAGACAACACAGAUUUCGUCCCCACGGACAUCAAGCGCAUCACGAAAACAGGUAUAGAGACCGUUGACGGAAAGUACCAGGAUCUGGAUGUCAUCAUAUGCGCAACCGGUUACGACACAUCCUUCCAGCUUCCUUUCCAGAUAAUUGGUCGUAACGGGAUCGACAUCAACGAGAAGUGGAAGCCAUAUCCGGUCUCGUACCUUUCCGUCGCGGUGGACAGUUUCCCGAAUAUGUUCAUGGCGCUGGGGCCGAACGCCGCUAUAGCGACGGGAAUGCUGGUUCCGCUCAUUGAGCAGCAAGUGAUGUAUGCAGUGCAAGCUACUGCUAAGCUGCAGCGCGACCGCCUGAAGAGCAUGGAGGUGAAGCCCGAGGUCGUGCGGGACUUCGACCAGUACAUCGAGGCAUACUUUCCGAAGACCGUGUUUGCUGAGAAGUGUCGCUCCUGGUACAAGCUCGGCAAAGCGGAGGGCAGAGUAGUUGGCCUGUGGCCCGGGUCCACUCUCCAUGGGAUCAAGGCGCUCUUGCAUCCCCGGUGGGAGGACUAUGACUACGAGCGUGCGGAUCCCGUUGAGAACCGACUCCAUUGGCUCGGGGACGGGCAGACACACAACGAGAGGACGUUGAGCGGGGACCGGGCCUGGUACCUCCACGCACCGUUCCUCGAUGUGCCUCCGAAGGCGUCGCCAUACACUCUCGGAGACUUCUGCAUUGAUGAAUACAGACCCCUGAAGGUCAUCGUCAUCGGCGCGGGCUUCGCUGGCAUUACCGCAGGUAUCAGAUUUCCUCAGAAGAUCCCGAAUGUCGAGCUCGUCAUAUACGAGAAGGGUGCGGGCGUCGGCGGUACAUGGUAUCACAACAACUAUCCAGGGCUCGCAUGCGAUAUACCUGCGCACGCAUACCAGCUUUCCUUCGAAGAGAAGCGAGACUGGUCUACGUCCUACGCUUCUGGUCCGGAGAUCCGCGAGUAUCUCCAGGGGGUCGUCGACAAGUACAAGCUAAUGCGCUACAUUCGCCUCCAACACGAGGUCAUACAUGCCCAGUAUGAUGCCGCGGCGGGACAGUGGCAUGUGCGCGUACGUCGUCCAAACGCAGAGACGGGCGUGAUGGAAGAGAUCGAAGACAGCGGAGACGUCCUCAUAACCGCCAUCGGGAUUCUCAGCCGGUGGAAGUGGCCGGACAUCGACGGUUUGAAGCAUUUCCAAGGCAAGCUGCUCCAUGGUGCAGGAUUCGACCCCGCUCCCAAGACAUGGGAAGAACAAGCGGAAACCUGGAAAGACAAGGUAGUUGGCGUGAUCGGUGUGGGAUCGAGCGCGAUACAAAUGGUACCGGCGCUGCAGCCGAAAGUGAAGAAGUUAGUGAACUAUGUCCGGGGAAAGACCUGGGUCGCGACGUCCUUUGGGGUCGACGCGAUGGAAGCUCUCCUUGAUCUUGAAGUAGGCGACGUGGGCAACCAUCACUUCACCCCAGAACAGAUGGAUCGCUUCAAGAACGAGCCGGACUUCUUCUACAAAUUGAGGGAUGCGGUCACGCAGGAAAUCAACAGCAUGUUCGCGGUGACGUUGCGCGAUUCAGCCUUGGGCGCACGCAUCAAAGAGGAAUGCGAACGGACCAUGCAGAAGAAACUCGCGAAGAAGCCCUGGAUCGCGGACCACCUGAUCCCGGGUUUCCCAGUGUGCUGCAGACGGAUUACCCCAGGGCCGGGUUACCUUGAAGCUCUUUGCGAAGACAACGUCGACUUUGUUCCGGUAGACAUCGCACGCGUCACUGAGACUGGUAUAGAAACAGUCGAUGGAGUGUCUCAGGACUUGGACGUCAUCAUAUGCGCAACUGGUUAUGACCUGUCCUUCCAGCUCCCGUUUCAGAUCAUCGGCCGCGGCGGGAUCGACAUCAACGAGAAGUGGAAGCCACACCCCGUGUCGUAUCUCUCCAUUGCCGUGGAUGGGUUCCCGAACUUGUUUAUGGUGGACGGGCCAAACUCGGGGCUGGCGUCGGCGGGGCUAAUCCCGUUCAUCGAGCAGCAGGUCAUGUACUCCGUGCAGGCGACUGCUAAGCUGCAGCGCGAUCGCUUGAAGAGCAUCGAAGUCAAACCAGAGGCCGUCCGGGACUUUGACCAAUACUUGGAGGCCUAUUUCCCCAAGACCGUGUUCACCGAACGUUGCCGUUCCUGGUACAAGAUGGGCAAAACUGAGGGCAGAAUCGUUGGGUUAUGGCCCGGCUCCGCCCUCCAGUGUAUCAAGGCGCUCAUGCACCCGCGGUGGGAGGACUACAAUUACGAGCGCGCGGACCCUGUCGAUAACCGGCUGCACUGGCUCGGAGACGGGCAGACGUACAACGAGAAGACGCUGACCGGAGAUCGGGCGUGGUACCUUCACGCGCCGUUCCUCGACGUGCCGCCAGUGCCGGGCGAGCUUGCGCCACUCUCCGCGAACUUGGGCAACGAAUGCCACGCAACGGACAUGGCUGCUCGGCCUUACGUCUUCCUCCACACCAAGAACUGGCGGUCCUUGACCAGGAUGCAUCGGGCUACCGUCGAGCUAAAGGAGACGCGGCCACCGAGCCGUGGUUAUAUACGACAGCUGCAGCUACCGGCUCCCCCCGACUCUAGUCUACUCGUCACCCCGCGCCUAGUUUUCCGUUCAGCGCCGUACGCUAUUGGAGACUUUUCCAUCGACGAAUACAGGCCCGUGAAGGUCAUCGUCAUCGGGGCAGGUUUCGGCGGUAUCACCGCAGGUAUCAGGCACAAGAUUCCGAACGUUGAACUCGCCAUUUACGAGAAGGGUGCGGGCGUCGGUGGUACAUGGUACAACAACAACUAUCCAGGGCUCGCAUGCGACAUACCUGCGCACUGUUAUCAGCUCUCCUUCGAAGAGAAAAGAGACUGGUCUGCAAUCUACGCAUCCGGGCCCGAGAUCCGCGAACACCUCCAAGGGACCGUCGACAAGUACAAGCUCGUGCGCUACAUCCACCUGCAGCAUGAAGUCGUGCACGCCCAAUAUGACGAUGCGGCGGGCAAAUGGCACGUACGGGUGCGCCGCCCGAACGCUAAAACAGGUGCGAUGGAAGAAAUUGAGGACAGUGGAGACGUCCUCGUGACCGCCAUCGGGGUCCUCAGCCGGUGGAAGUGGCCAGACAUCGAGGGUUUGAAGAACUUCAAGGGCGAGCUACACCACAGCGCGGGGUUCGAGCCGGCCCCUAAGACGUGGGAGGAGCUCGCAGAGACGUGGGCGGACAAGAAGGUCGGCGUAAUUGGGGUGGGAUCGAGCGCGAUACAAAUAGUGGCGGCUCUACAACCUAAGGUGUCAAAGCUAGUGAACUACGUCCGGGGAAAGACCUGGCUCGCACAACCCUUUGGUGAGGACACGGUAAAACCCUUCCUCGACCUUGAACGAGGCGCCACGGACAACUAUCACUUCACUCCGAAAGAGAUUGAACGCUUCAAGGACGACCCGGACUUCUUCUACGCCUUCAGGGAUGCGAUCACACAGGACUUCAAUAGCACGUACUCAUGGACGUUACGCGACUCGGCCGUGAGCGCGCGCAUCACGGAGGAAUGUAAGCAGAAUAUGAAGAAGAGACUGGCAAAGAAGCCCUGGAUCGCGGAACACCUGAUUCCCGAUUUUCGGGUGGGUUGCAGACGAAUCACGCCGGGGCCUGGAUACCUUGAGGCACUUUGUGAAGAUAACGUCGAUUUCAUCCCCGCAAAUAUCAAGCGCAUCACGGACACAGGUAUAGAGACAGUUGACGGAAAGUACCAGGACCUAGACGUCAUCAUCUGCGCAACUGGGUUUGACACGACCUUCCAAUUACCGUUCAAGAUCAUCGGGCGCGGCGGGGUUGACAUCAACGAGAAGUGGAAGCCACAUCCCGUUUCGUAUCUCUCCGUCGCCGUAGACGGCUUCCCGAACAUGUUCAUGGCGCUCGGGCCCAACUCCGGGCUGGCCUCAGGGAUGCUGACCCCGCUCAUCGAGCAUCAGGUGAUGUACGCCGUGCAGGCUACCGCAAAACUGCAACGCGACCGCCUGAAGAGCAUGGAGGUCAAGCCCGAGGCCGUCCGAGACUUUGAUCAGUACAUAGACGCCUAUUUCCCAAAGGUACUGGACAUCCUGCUCGGCUACUUGCUUGCGCUCCACUUACAUCCCCUUCCGCAGACCGUGUUUACGGAACAUUGCCGCUCCUGGUACAAGAUGGGGAAAAUCGAGGGCAGAGUCGUUGGCUUGUGGCCUGGCUCCAACCUCCAGGGAAUGAAGGCGCUCAUGCACCCGCGGUGGGAGGACUACGACUACGAGCGCGUGGACCCCGUCGAGAACCGGCUCCAUUGGCUCGGGGACGGGCAGACGUACAACGAGAAGACGCUGACCGGAGAUCGGGCGUGGUACCUCCAUGCGCCGUUCCUCGACGUGCCGCCAGUUCCGACGGACUAG